CGUCGCACCGUAAAAACAAUGGAAAGAGAAUCGCCCAAAAAGCUGGAGGACGCAUUGGAAGAAAUGGGAAUGCAGGGUGUGCUGCCGUACCUGCAGGAAGCUGGAGUGACUUUGUCACUAUUAGAAAGUGUGACAGAGGAGGAGCUAAAGGAAGCAGUUCCCCAAUUGGGACUGCGUAUGCUGUUCAAUCGGAAGCUUACAAUUUGGAGAGAAAAAAUCGCACGCCAAAACGAAAACGAGACCAAUUUUGUGCUCCACAAGAGCAUUCGUUCGAUUAUAGAGGCGAAGGAGCAUGGAAAAACGUUAAUUAAUAAAGGGAAUCUUGUUGAGGUGGAUAGAAUCUGGCUGAUCAACGCAAUAGUUGAGGAAGCCAUCAAGAAUAAUUUAAUAAUUUUAAUAAUUUGUUAAAGGAAAAGUUUUCGGACUGCAACAAAUUCCAUUUAUAUGAUAUCUUAAUUUUUAAAGGAAUUACUACUUAGGUGUAAUAUUCAGUGACUUUAAGUUAUUUAAAAUUAAAUUCUUUACUGUCUACAACAACUAAGCUUACGGUGUUUGCCAACAAAUUGAAAUUACAAACUUUGAUAAACAUUUUCGCGCAUACGUAAUUGGCUCUGCUAAAGAAUAUUGUAUUAGAAAGUUAAGUGAAUUCGACACUGCUCCUUUGCAUUUAU